AUGCGGUUCCUCGUGCUGCUCUGCGCUGCCGCUGUCCUCUCCCAGGGUGUCACCAAGCUGCCCUUGGAAAGGGGGAAGAAGCUGAGAAAGGUCCUCCGGGAGAAGGGCUUGCUGCACCGCUUCUUCCAGCGUCACCGCUACGACAUCGGCACCAAAUUCCCGCAUGCUUUUCCCAACGGGACUGAAGUGGCCACCGAGCCCCUCCUGAACACCCUGCUGAACACCCUCGAUAUGGAGUACUACGGGACCAUCUCCAUCGGCACCCCGCCACAGGACUUCACCGUGGUCUUCGACACCGGCUCCUCCAACCUCUGGGUUCCCUCCAUCUCCUGCACCAGCCUGGCUUGCCAAAACCAUCAGAUGUUUAACCCAUCGCAGUCGUCCACCUACAAAAGCACAGGGCAGAACUUGUCUAUUCAAUACGGCACUGGCGACAUGGAGGGCAUCGUGGGCUCCGACACCGUCACCGUUGCAUCUCUGGUGGACACCAACCAGCUCUUCGGCUUGAGCACCGCCGAGCCCGGCCAAUUCUUUGUCCAUGUCAAAUUUGAUGGGAUCCUGGGCUUGGGCUACCCAAAUCUGGCUGCUGAUGGGAUCAUGCCGGUGUUUGAUAACUUGGUGAAUGAAAGCUUGCUGGAGGAGAACCUCUUUUCGGUCUAUCUGUCCUGUGAGACAACAGGGAGCGUGGUCAUCUUCGGGGGAAUCGAUGAGUCUUAUUUCACCGGCUCCAUCAACUGGAUCUCUGUCUCCUACCAAGGUUACUGGCAGAUCUCCAUGGACAGCAUCAUUGUGAACAGCCAGGAGAUUGCAUGCAGUGGUGGCUGCCAAGCCAUCGUCGACACCGGCACUUCCCUCGUGGCUGGGCCACCCUCCAGCAUUAGUAACAUCCAGAGUGCAGUCGGGGCCAGGCAGGACACGUACGGAGAGUACAACGUGAACUGCAGCUCCGUUUCUGCCAUGCCUGAUGUCAUCUUUGUCAUCGAUGGAGUUCAGUAUCCUGUGCCCGCCUUUGCUUACGUUGAGCAGAACGACCAAGGACUUUGCAUCAGCAGCUUCCAGAACACCUCUGGGGACCUCUGGAUCUUGGGAGACGUCUUCAUCAGGGUGUACUACAGCAUCUUUGACCGGGCCAACAACCGUGUUGGACUGGCCAAGGCUAUUUAGAUCCACCACGAUGCCAGCAGU